AUGACUUGUGUUGAGGAAUUCUUUGCACAAAAUCAAUUGUCAUUGUUGGAUUCCACCGACGAUGACCUCAGCAGCACCUUGGACGUUGAGCUUUCAACUGAUGACUGGCAGUGGGAAGAAAUGCUUCGUUUGACCAAUGCAUUUUCGAAUUGGACCA